AUGAGCUUCCCCUUGGUCAGGCCCUUCCCUGGUGCCCGAGGCGCCUGCGCGAGGGGGCGGGGGAGGAGAGUGACGAGGGGAGGGGCCACGGGGAGGAGUCACGGGGGAAGGCGGGGCCGUGAGGGAGGACAGAUGGAGGUGGAGGAAGUCCCCAUCAUGCUGGUGAACUUUUUCAGAGAGAAGAAGACCAUUACUUAUGAAGGCUGCCUAUUCCAGAUUUUCUUCCUUGUUACUUUUGCAGGCUCUGAGUGUGUGCUGUUGGCUGCUAUGGCUUAUGACAGAUUUAUAGCCAUUUGCUACCCAUUACAUUACUCAGUUCUCAUGAGCAAGAGGGUUUGUGCCUACUUAGCAGCUGGGUCCUGGCUGUGUGGGGUAGUGAAUUCUCUGACACACACGGGGCUCAUGGCAACACUCACUUUGUGUGGUCCCAACCAGAUCAACCAUUUUCUCUGUGAUAUUCCCUUACUCCUGAAACUCUCCUGCUCAGAUACUUCAGUCAAUGAAGUUGCAAUCUAUGUAACCAGUGCCAUCUUUGGUCUGAGCCCCUGCCUCUUCACUGCUGUGUCCUAUAUGCUCAUUAUCUCUGCCAUCUUGAAAAUCCAGUCUUCUCAAGGGAGACAAAAAGCCUUCUCCACCUGUGCCUCUCAUCUCACUGUGGUGCUCAUCUACUAUGGAACUGUAAACUUCAACUAUGACCGGCCCAGGUCAGGCUACUCCCUAGAUGUGGUCAUCUUGGCCUCUGUCCUCUUCUGCAUUAUUACACCCAUGUUAAAUCCUAUCAUCUAUAGCCUGAGAAACAAGGAAGUCAAAGUUGCCUUAAGGAAACUAUGUGAACUGUAUAUUUUAUCCAAUGAUUCCAGGGUUCAAAUCAGUUCUUAA